UAUCCUUUGGUAGAAAGCAGCAUUUUCAGCAAUAUUACAAUUGUCACUUUUCUGUAAUGAGUAAACAGUUAUGAAGUUAUUAAAAAGGAAUAAACAGUGUUAAAAGAAAUGUCAUCUGUUGUAGUUUGUAACUAAACAAAAUAAAUUAUUUUUUAAAUGCAACCAAUCAUACGGUUUAGAACCUGGCUUAGUAUUUCUUGUAGUACCAUAAAAAAAACAUUUUACUCCAUAAAUAGUUUAUGUGUCUUGCGAAUGCUUUUGACAUAACAUUUAAAAAUGUGUAAUAUUUUUAAUUUUGUAUACACCAUAAUAUACAAUAUUUUUACAUGAAAUAAGACAAGACAAAAUAUGUGGAAUGAGUUGCUUAUGGUGGGGCUGUUGGCGUGUUCAACUGUACGUGGGCAAAAUGAUAAUCCUUGUACCCAAGCUCCUGAUUGUUCAAGCUGUUUGAAAGCAGGUGGUCGUUGUUACUGGUGCGCGGACGUGGAUUUUACUGAUGGAGAGAAUUCUCGCAGGCCUAGAUGCAAUUUUAGGUCGGUGUUAAAGACUACUCAUGGAUGCAAAAAUAUUGUUAUGGAUGCAAAAAUAUUGUUAUUGAAGACGGAAGUGUGAAGCUAACACAAGAUGAUAAAUUCGAUUCCCUUGUUCAAGUUCGUCCACAAAAGGUUCAACUUAAACUUAGAAAAGAUCAAACCCAAACAUUUAAAUUAACUGUUCGACCUGCAAAAGACUUUCCUGUGCAGCUAUAUUAUCUUAUGGACAUGUCUAGAUCUAUGGAUGACGAUUUGACGAAGCUAAAAACAUUGGGUACAAAGAUAGCUGAAGAAAUCAAAACGAUCACUGCAAAUUACUCUCUUGGUUUUGGAACUUUUGUAGACAAAACAGUUUCACCGUUUGUCCAGAUUGAAAAGCUAAAUAAACCUUGUUUGACAGAAAGCAAGCAAGCGUGCAUGCCAACCUUUGGAUAUAAACACAAUUUUGACUUCAACAAAGAUGCAAAGAAAUUUGAAGAGGCUGUUGCAAGUCAAAAAAUUUCAGGAAAUCUUGAUACUCCUGAAGGAGGUUUUGAUGCAUUAAUGCAAGUAGCAACAUGCUCAUCACAAUUAGGGUGGGCAGAUGUUAGAAAAGCUAGAAGAAUUGUUGUUUUCGUCACUGACGCAAGUCCUCACAUUGCUGGAGAUGGGAAACUUGGUGGUAUAAUUUCACCUAAUGAUGGAGCAUGUCAUCUACAGCGGAUCGGUCCUGUUGAAAAGAAAUACACACAAUCUAACCAGCAGGAUUAUCCCUCUAUAUCGUUGUUAAAAUCAAAAUUGAAAGAAAACAAAAUUGUUCCUAUUUUUGCUGUCACCACUGAUACAUAUGGUGUUUAUCAGAAAAUAUCUGAAGAGUGGAAAGAUCUUUUGGCCGCCAUUGGUGUGUUGAAAAAAGACUCUUCAAAUAUCGUAGAUUUAAUUCGAGACAAAUAUAAGUCAAUCUCAACUACAGCACAUCUGGCCAGUGAUAAGUUACCUGAAGGUGUUAUAGUCAAUUUUAAAGUUCAACCAGGCUGUCCAAAUACAGCCAGAAAUAAUGAGUGUACUGAUAUGAAAGUGAAUACAAAUGUUGAAUUUGAAGUUGGUGUAACAGCUCUCACAUGCCCGAAAGAUUGGAAAACCAAAGAUAGAAGCUUCAAGAUCACUAUUCCAGUAUUUGGUGAUGUGGAGGUUACGAUAAAAAUGAUUUGUGAUUGCGGCUGUGAAACAAAAACAACGGAAAUUGAAGAAAAUUCUUCAAAGUGCAACGGAACAGGUGCUUUCAAGUGUGGCAUUUGUUAUUGCAACGAAGAUAGAUUUGGUCAAAAAUGUCAAUGUAAUAGUAAAGAUCAGGCUGAUGAAUCAUUAUGCAAACGAAACAAUACCGAGUCAGCAGGUCGAAUUUGCAGUGGGUUUGGUACAUGUGUCUGUGGCAAGUGUGAAUGUGCCAAUAGAGAGAUCGAAGGUGAGUUUAUAACAGGCAGAUACUGCGAGUGUAAUAACUUUGGUUGUCCAAGAUACGAGGGAAAAGUAUGUGGAGGCCCUGAUAGAGGAGUAUGUGAAUGUGGCCGAUGUAAAUGCAAAGAAACAUUUUUGGGAGAAAAUUGCGGUGAAGUGAACUGCACCAGAGAAAGAAUCAACUGUGUCAGCGACUUGGCUAAGAAUACAGUAUGCAAUGGAAAAGGAAAAUGCGCCUGUGAUCAUUGCGAAUGUGAUCCUGGUUAUAAGGGAGAAUUAUGUGAAAAAUGCGUGUCUUGUCCUGGUAAAUGCUCCAACAGCAAAGAUUGUGUCCGUUGUUUGGCAUUUAAAGAACCGAAUAAAGAGUUUUGCGACAAAUUGGAAUGUAGCCAUAUAAACUGGAAAUGGGUAAAUUCCACAACAGAACAGUGUUCUAUCAAAGAUGACAACGAGUGUUUUGUUAUAUUCAGUUUCCAGCAAGAUCUUGUCAACGAAACGAUUUUAGUGCAGCGAGAAAAACGUUGCAUUGAUGUAAUUAAAAAGGAAAUCAACAUUCUUGUUAUUGUGUUGGGAAUAAUUGGUGGUAUUGUACUUCUUGGUCUAAUUUUGUUGUUGUUAUGGAAACUACUAAUCACAGCCUACGAUAAUUAUGAGUAUCAACAGUUGCUAAAAAAUCCUGGUGUAUUCCCGGAAGAAAUAAGUCCGAUCUUCAUCCCACCAAAGCAAGAAUUUCGAAAUCCUACAUUCAAUGGUAACCAAGAAGAAAGUGUUAUGUGAAAAUCAAGUCUUUCAAAAGAAUGAUGAAAGUUAAAAACACAGUAUAUUUUUAAUUAUUGCUUUGUGCAUUUUAACGCAAUGCAUUGGCUUUUUUAGUGGCGCCAUGAGUCGCAUUGUUAGAUCAUUGCGUUACAAGAUAUAAAGAGAGUUGAUUUUUUGGAAAUCUUUUAGAUAAUCUUCAAGUUAGAUGUUAUGAAAUGCUUGUUUUUUUAUCGAACGUUAUCCUAUUUCAUUACCCAAUCUGUUACUGCAUUUUCGUCGCGCAAUAUGCUUUAAAUAACUCGAUGGAAUUAUUAAAAUAGGACGUGGCGAACUUUGAAAAGAAGAUUACCGGAUGUUCGAGUUAUUAAAGGUUCGAGUUAUCUUAUUAUGUUGUGCAUCAAGCGUGUGAUCCAAACUGUAAAGUAUAAUAAAAGUUUGAAUUAGUUCGCAGUGCAGACUUGCACGUUGAAAAUGCGUAAUUAUUUUUUAGACAAACUUCAUAAAAAAAGUGGCUUUAGAAAGGAAUUCACUCGUUAAUAGGAGGCUUCAUAAUUAUUCUAACUUUAACACAAAACAAUAACGCAUUAGGACGCUGUUUUCAGACGGGGGAGGGGGAGGAAUCUCUAUAUGGACUAUUUUGGUCACUCCCCGACGUAUUUUAAGUACUUUUUUUUCUUUUAUGACUAUUGAUUAUGAAAAUAUAAUUUUUGACCAAACUUCUCCUUUAAAAAAGAUAGUAUUAUGUCGUGCGCAGAUUUCGUGCAAGGGUUACAUUGGCACACAUCAUUCAACAUCAUUUUAAAACUCUGUCCACCUGGUUUACGCAUGCGCAAAAAUUUUUUGCAAACUAACAGUCACGGUUGGCGAUUUGAUGCUUUCGGCCAUUAUUUGAAAAAUCGUUGUCUCAAAUAUUUUGUUUAAUAUGCGCCGCUUUAAACGUCGUAGAUAUUUUUUAUUAAUACUUUACAUUUACCCAGGGUAAAAGAACAGUCGGAAUUAAAAAUAGUACCCAGGUCACUAUAAUCCCACAACAAACGAUAUUGUUGCCAUGGGAAUCAUAAAUACUAUUUGUCGUCACGGGAAUUAUAGUAGGAAUUUUUUAUUUUUAAUUGGUUUAUUUAAAAAAAUGAAAGUAUUAUGCACGAAUUAUAAAAAGUCUACAAAUAUUUGUAAGACAUAAAGAAAUGUGUGUUUUUACAAAAAAUGAAAUUAAACGUCGGUUUUUGAAUGCAAGUAGAAUUGGAAUUUACAAAAAUAAAGUUUGAUAAAACAUCUCUUCAUAAUAUUUCUUCACAGCUUUUUGUAUUAUUUUUAUUUUUAUAUGUUUGUAAAACUAUUUAAUGUUAUAGACUUAUGUUAUAGACUUUCAUUUUGUAACAUUUCAAUUUUGUUGUUGUUGUUGUUGUUUUUAUUAUUUUUUUGUAACUUUGUAACUAUGCGUCAUAACAACGUACGUGAUUUCGAAGCGAAUUUGUUGCAAAAAGUUUGUAAUGAUGUGGAAAUCAAGCCAAAGUUUUCAACAACGAUACAGCAAGGCUUGAUGUAAGAGCCAGGGGUUUUGGGCGUCCAAACAGUCUGCUUACUCAGAUAUACGUUUGACCAAUGUAAAUGCCCCAUCGCAAAUUGAAACGUCAAUUAGUAAGAUAUAUAAGAAGCAUGAAGCUGAAAAAAAAAACGCAAAUACAAUCAGCGUGUAUUUGAUAACGAACAUGGAACAUUUACCCCACUUGUCUUUUCCAUAAAUGUGGGAAUGAGCAAAGAAUCUUCUGUAUUUCACAAAUUUCUUGCAGAAAAAAUGUCACAGAAAUCCGGCGAAUAUUAUGAUUUGGAGGGGAUGUAAACUCUGUGCCUUAGAGUUUUCAGGUUUUUGAAUACCAAGUUGCACACAGAGGUGGUUAUGAUUUUGAUCUUGCCUGUCCAGAUGCCAGAAUAUAAAUUUUUUUUUUAUUUUAUUUAGUCACGCAUGCGCACUUCUCAUCUAUUCAGUCAAACACUGAGUCUCUUGCGUCUGCAAUAUUAAGAAUGAUGGCUAUCUCAAGCAAGUGCCGUAUCAACGGUUUUGCCAUAUUUGCUAGCUAUAUAUGAUUUUUAGCCAAUGAAAUUCUAGGAAAUUUAAACAAUUGCGCAAUCCAAUAUGCGCAAGAAAAAUAUCUGCACUUUUAUAAUUACACCCAUUCAGAAAAAGUAGAUGGUGAUAAGUGAGACAUGUUUACUUUAAGUAUUUAUAAAUUAUUUUCAAACCCUUCUGACAAAUAACUAGCUAUUUAUUCGGUAACAUUGGAAGAAGAUAGAUUCAUAAAUUUUUAAUAAAUAAUAACUGUGCAAUCCUAUUUUCAUAAAAAAGUUUUUUAAUCUAAUCUUUUUUUGUUUUUUUCUUUUUACGUGUCCUUUAAAUACAACGUUUUGAUAAAAACAAUGGUUAUUAUUUCUAAAUUCUGAUCAAAACGUAUAUCUUUGUUUACAUCAGCUUUUUCAUUGUGAACAUUUUUUCACUUACAUUUAAGAAAAUAAUAAACUCGAGCUUUUUUCGAUAAAGCGGAAAAUGCAGUCGUAUGAAACCUACUUUAACUUUUUCUAUUUUUAUAGAUAAUAUUAGGAAUAGAUCAAUCAACUAACACAAAAUGCUAAAACAAAAAAAAUAUGAUUGGAAGGACAGUAAUAUCGCAGCUUUUGGUUCAAGUGAAGAUCGAUCGGUA